UGUUAAGGAGUAUUGUGACUUUCUUGGAAAUCAGAGUGUCUGGUUCUGAAAAGAACAAAUGAGUGGUUGAAGGUUUUGAGCGCAUGGGAGGGACAAAAAUCUGGUGGGUUUUUAAUGCCAAAUUCUUCUUCCCAACCAUUGGAAUAGCUGCAUGUGCAAAUUGUGUCUGACAACUGUGAGGCAAGGAGUUGUGAUACCAGUUCUGGCCAAAAAUCUUUGGAAAGCAAGCGGCCUCUCUUUCACACUGUUUUGGCUGUUAUUAACGGAGACCCUAUGACUCUACAUCUGUGGUACAUCUUGUGAGGACUGUUUGUGGAAUAAAUUGCAAAGCAUAGAAAAACAAUGGAAAAGAACUAUUGAAGAGAACCUCUGCAAUGCACAUGGAUAAUUACCGGUGACUUCUUUAGAUUAAGAAGGUAAAGUAUGUGCAGAAUUCCACAACGAAGGUUUUAAGAAAAGUGAACAUUAUGGCAAAGUUAUCAGAAGGAAGUUCAGCAAAAAGUAACAUUCACCCCACCUUGAAAAACACUGCAAUUAAGUGCCAAACAGAUCCAAAAAAGAAUUACCGGUAACUGGGAAUCUAAAUCACAAUUUCUCCUGAUCUAAAUACAAAGAAACAAAAAUAACAUCAAUGCACAACCACGGGUUGUGGUGCCUUUUUCAUAUUUGAGUUACAGUCCUCAUAAUUCAUAUAUAUCUCCAUGUUUAGAACUCCUUUAAUUGUAUAUACAAUAAAUCCAAGUUAGAACUGGCUUGUUGUUCAUUAGAAUAAUUGUGCUAAAAUUUGCCAAAAUGAGUGCAGAAGGAUACCAGUACAAAGCUUUAUAUGAUUACAAAAAAGAACGAGAAGAAGACAUUGACCUACAUUUGGGAGAUGUUUUAACUGUGAAUAAAGGUACUUUAGUUGCUCUUGGAUUCAGUGAUGGAGAAGAAGGAAAACCUGAGGAAAUUGGUUGGUUGAAUGGCUAUAACGAAAUGACUGGGGAGAGGGGAGACUUUCCAGGAACUUACGUAGAAUAUAUUGGAAGGAAAAAAAUUUCUCCCCCUACUCCAAAGCCUCGUCCGGUUCGACCACUACCCAUGGCACCAAGUCCUGCAAGAGUUGGAACAGAGAGUGAUCAAUCAGUUUUUACACUUUCAGAUCUUUGUGAGCAGUUUUCACCUCCAGAAAAUGCACCACCUCUUCUUGUGAAAUUAGUGGAAGCUAUUGAAAGAAAAGGUCUGGAAUGUUCGUCAUUGUAUAAGUCACAAGGGUUAAGCAGCAGUGUUGAAUUAAGACAGAUUAUUGAGUGUGAGGCUUCUUCAGUGGAUUUUGAGGGAAUUGAACUUCACAUUUUAACAGAUGCAUUGAAGAGGUACUUUCUCGACUUGCCAAAUCCUGUCAUUCCAGCAUCUGUUUACAAUGAAAUGAUUUCUGUAGCACAAGAAUUACAGAACUCAGAAGAAUAUGCUCAAGCAUUGAAAAGACUCAUCAGAUCUCCUAACAUACCUCAACAGUAUUGGCUCACACUCCAGUAUCUCCUUAAACAUCUCUCUAGACUUUGCCAGGUUUCUGCCAAAAACCCUUUAAAUGCAAAAUCUCUGGCUGAAAUUUUUAGCCUUUUGCUGUUUAGAUCUCCAGUAGCCAGCUCUGACAGUGAACAACAUAUAAAAAUAUUGGAAGUGUUAAUUACAAGUGAAUUGAAUGAGAGACAACCUGCACCAGCAUUGCCUCCAAAACCUCCAAAACCUAACACUGUAACAAAUAACGGUAUGAAUAAUAACAUGUCUUUGCAAGAUGCUGAAUGGUACUGGGGAGAUAUUUCAAGGGAAGAAGUCAAUGAGAAACUUCGUGACACUGCUGAUGGUACAUUCCUGGUACGAGAUGCCUCCACCAAAAUGCAUGGUGACUACACUCUCACACUAAGGAAAGGAGGAAAUAAUAAAUUAAUCAAAAUCUUUCAUCGAGAUGGGAAAUACGGUUUUUCGGAUCCAUUAACAUUCAAUUCUGUGGUUGAGCUAAUAAACCACUAUCGAAAUGAAUCUUUAGCUCAAUAUAAUCCAAAACUAGAUGUAAAAUUACUUUAUCCAGUAUCCAAAUAUCAACAGGAUCAAGUGGUUAAAGAAGAUAGUAUUGAAGCUGUUGGAAAGAAAUUACAUGAAUAUAAUAUUCAGUUCCAAGAAAAGAACAGAGAAUAUGACAGACUCUAUGAAGAUUAUACAAGAACAUCUCAGGAAAUUCAAAUGAAAAGAACUGCUAUUGAAGCAUUUAAUGAAACCAUAAAAAUAUUUGAAGAACAGUGCCAAACGCAAGAAAGAUACAGCAAGGAAUAUAUUGAAAAGUUCAAACGGGAAGGGAAUGAAAAAGAAAUACAAAGAAUUAUGCACAACUAUGAAAAGCUGAAAUCACGAAUAAGUGAAAUUGUGGACAGCCGACAUAGACUGGAAGAAGAUCUAAAGAAGCAGGCUGCAGAAUACAGAGAAAUAGACAAACGCAUGAACAGCAUUAAGCCAGACCUUAUACAGCUCCGAAAAACUAGAGAUCAGUACUUGAUGUGGCUGACACAGAAAGGUGUUCGGCAAAAGAAACUGAAUGAAUGGCUUGGCAAUGAAAAUUCAGAAGACCAAUACUCUAUAGUAGAAGAUGAUGAGGAUUUGCCUCAUCAUGAUGAACGCACAUGGAAUGUUGGAAAUAUCAACAGAAGCCAAGCUGAAAAUUUAUUACGUGGGAAACGAGAUGGAACAUUCCUUGUUCGGGAAAGCAGCAAGCAGGGUUGCUAUGCCUGUUCUGUUGUUGUGGACAGUGAAGUGAAGCAUUGCGUCAUCAACAAAACACCUACUGGGUAUGGAUUUGCAGAGCCAUAUAAUUUGUACAACACGCUGAAAGAACUGGUGCUACAUUAUCAGCAUACUUCAUUAGUGCAGCACAAUGACUCUCUCAAUGUCACAUUAGCCUAUCCAGUAUAUGCACAGCAAAGGCGAUGAAGAUGUUAAUCCUUUGGGGUUAUCUCUUUUUAUUAAAUACCCACAAAGUUAAUUCGGCAGUCUUGAGGCUUCUGGGUAAAGAAGGCUUUUGAGUUGGAGCUAAGGUGUCAGAGCCUUCAGAUGGAACUGAAGCUUUCUUCACAACUGCAGUGGGAGAGGUCACGGUUGAGAGCUAUGGACACACACUUCUAAUCUAAAGUGCUUUAAAAAAAAAAAAACUAAGCAAAAGUAAAAACGCAGCGAAAGAAAGAGAAAUGCUACACCUGUCUCCCUGCAGGGACAUAGUGGCCUUUAAUCAUGGUGCUUGUUGACCAUCCCUUUGAAGCUUUACGAGCUCUAAAGUUGGAACUUUGAAGACCCCAACGUGCAGCGGGGGGCCAUGUAAAUGGCGGCAGAAUUUCUCAGUCAUGACGUAGAGGAUGCAGUGUUCAGUGUGCAGUGGAUGCAGUUGGCGGCAUUGUGGAUUGCUGAUUUUCUGGUGAAUGAUAUGUAGCAGAAUGGCACUUUCAAUUUUAAGGGACACUUUAAGACUCUGACAGGGUGUUCGUUGGAGAAAUGAACGUGGUAAUAGAAGUGCCAGGAAGUGUUUUUGUUUAGACAUUUAAAAUCUUGUUUUAAGAUAUUUAAGACUGAAGAGAACUGGACUUUAUGACAAGCAGUAUAUAAUAUGUACAUAGUUCAGGAUGACUAACUAUCAUAGAUGGAUACUGUCAGAACCAAUUCAUUCUUUUCAAUUUUUUUUGUUUGGAUUUCUCCCCACCCCCACCCCCCACCUCCCAAAAGAAGCUGAAUCCUUACACUGCUAUGCAAUAUUUCAUUUUCUAUAGGCUGUAUUUGUUUCAUGUGUAACUAAAGGAUAAGCUGUUUCUAUUUUUUUUCUUAUGUCAUCUCAACAUGUUUUCAUAGCUCAUUUUUUUGUGUGUGUGUCUUUUCAUGUUGUCCUCUUUCCCGCCCCCUUUUUUUUAAAUAAAUGUACAGGAUAUUGGAAAAAGUUGGCUUCAGAAUUAAAACUAUGAACUAUUUUAACAGGGUUUUUCCCCUUUUUGUAGCAUAUUGAGCUGCUAGCUCAAGGUUACAAUUCAAGAUUAAUUUCUCAGCUAAAUAUUUUGUUGGGCAGUGCCUGAUAAGCUUAAAAGCUGCUUUAUUCAAUAAAAAUAAAUGACUAUUGCAAAAAUAUCACUUGAGUCCAACAAUAUUGUUUUAAAAAUAACUUCACAUAAUAGUAUCCACUGUAUUUUAUUUAGUUUUUAGAUUGUUAUCUUGAUUGUGUUUUAUUGGAAAGAAAUUCUACUUUGAAUGUUGCAGAUAAGCAGGUGAAAAACAUUGACUACUAAAGUACCAAAUUUAAUCCUUCAGAGUUAUUUGUCAUAUGUAAUUUUGAUCAACCAUUUUAGAUACUUCAUCAAGAUACAUUUUGCAUCCCAUGGAAGAAUUGUUUUUCAGCUACUGUUUAAAAAUAUACUAUUAGGUAUACAUUUGGCUUUUAUAUUUCAUACUUAGUUCUGACUAACAGAAUCAAAAUAAAUUUAGGAAGCUCUAUGAUACUUACCUUCCAAAAUCAAUUUCUGUUAUUUUAACAUUUUAAAUGAAGGGGAAAAAAUUAAAAAGCCACUCUAAAAAACAAAUAUAUCAGGUAUCCAUGUAAUUAAGUUAAUGAAAGAAAUAUAAACCUCAGUGUUACAGUACUUAACCAAAUUCUACAUUUCUUGACCAACAUAAUAAAAUCAUAGUUUCACAGAUUAAUGUUAAGGAACUCUGGAAGUCUUUUAUAUAGUGAAUGAGCAAAAAGAAAGCAGAUCUUAUAGCAGAUCUCCUUAUGGUUUCAACCCCAUAGGCAAUCUGUGCUUCUAAAGAGGCACUGAAGACUAUUCUAGAUGUAUUUUUAUUGUUUGGUAACACUGUGAAUAAAUUAACUUUAGCCCUCUUAUUUUUAUUUACCCAUAUAUUUUAUAUUGGAAACAUUUGUUUAGAACUUAACUUUGCUUUCUUGAGAAAUAUGCAGACUUGAGACAUAUUUAAAAGCCAAAGGGGUUUUUACAAGCACUGGAGAGCCCAGUAGAGUUUUGUUUGUGGGCUGUAAAGCAGUUAUCUCCUGGUGUUUCGUCUCACUAAAAUCAGUGGAAUUACUCCCAAAAUCUACUCCAAAGGAAGUUGACUGGAAAUUGCAUUUUAUUUCACAGAGCAAAGAUUAAGCCAAAUGUAUGCCAAUUUUUAAUCAGUUUGUUUAUUCGUCCCAUUAGAUUUUUCAAGAGGAAGAAAUCUGCAUUUUGCUCUUGAUUAUUCUUGAAGGGCAAAUUAUGACCAGUCACUGAAUAGCAAGUACUAACAUGCACUUUGUGUGAGAGAGAGACAGAGAGAUUGAUGUGCAUCAGCAGGUCCUAUACCUGAUUUGUCAUCAUCUAAUUGGCUUUAUCAGUUCUGAUUACCUCUAGGUCCCUUUGAUGGGGAAUACAUGGGGCCUAGUUUCUGUCCUCCCACGUUAAAACAAAAGCCAACUGAUCAGCAGUGUUUCAUUUACCAUUUAGUAUUGUGCAUUGUUGGUAUUCUUCUACUGAGAAGCAUACAAGCAGCCUCUCAGGAGCUAGGCUGAAUAUAGUGAUCAAGCCUUGAGAACUGCAUGCACAGUUAAUAUAUGGUUACCAAUCCAACAUUUGGUGCAUACACAAAAUCAUUGUGUGUGUGCCUGUCCCUCUCUAGAAUGCAGAGAGACAAACCCAAAACUUCUGAGCUACAACAAUAAAAUAACAGGGCUUCUGAAAUAUGAACUACCAUGUUUAUACCACAAAUGCAUACAGCUACUUCAGACAAAACAAGUUAUGGAUUCUGUAACUUGAGGCUUAGUUUUGUGGUUUUGAUGUACUUUUGUAUAUGUGUUUGUGAAAGAGAGAGUGUGUAUAACUGGGCCAUGUUCUGAUUGCAGUUUUCAGUGAAUCUAAAUGCGUGGUGAAACUUUUCUCCAAAUUUCCCAAGUCUCUAAAUAGCCUGGAAGGAAUUAACAUUGACAGGGUCUUUCAAGGCUUAGUUGUUAUUAUUGGUGUUAACAAUUACUCUUAAGAAUUCUGUAAUCUUAUUUUUCAUGUUAAAUGAAAUAAAAAUCAUUGGAAAUUUUAAUUCAAUUCAGAAAAUUAAAAUUUUGUUUUAUAAGUGAUACUUGAAUAAAGAGAAAGUUUGCUGUACAUGCAAUUCUCGUAUUAAAGUCAGCAUAUUUUAACUUUUAUUGAAAAGAAACAUGCAAAUUGAUAUCUCUUCAAACUAAAGCUUCACUAAUAAAAAAAAAGAUUGAUGAUAUAUGGAUGUAUGCAGGCUAGACUGGGUAAUAAAAGAAAAAAUUCCAGUGGCAAAUUAAUUUGGUAAAUGUCCAAAUUAUUGUCAAGAAAGUUAUAUAUGAUUGUUUCCAGAAAAUCACCAAGAGUCACGCUGGUUUCAUUGGAGACUUGACCUUAUCUUAUUUGAAAGGUAUAUGGAGCUUGGAAAAGAUCAUGUUUCUAGAAUUUGUUUUAUUAAUGUGUAAAGCCAAAUCUUAUGUUUCAGUGUCAGCUGUUAUGUAAAAAAAGUUGCUUUGUCUUGUAGUUAACAAUGAGCUAUGAUGCUUGGGGGAAAAUAUCAUUGUGAUGUUUUCCACUGGGGAGAACAUCAGUUAGAUUUAACACAGUGCUUUUGCUAUGCAUGGUAUUCAUUUGAGAAAGCAAUUCCAGUUGUGACUUUUAUUCAGGAUUGCUUUUGAAAUGGGCAAUUCCAAGCACAAUGCCUCCCAUGGGACAUGGCUCAAAAUAUAAUAUUUUUACUUUUUGUACAAAACAAUUUUAGUAAAAACUGAUGAAAACAGGUCACAUACAAAAUUAGGGAAGAGCUAUAGUGCCAUUUGUCCCUAUGAGACUGCAUUAGCUGCCCAAAAUGCUGCUAUUUUUGUUCUUAGUUUCUCCCCCUUAAAAAAUAAGCUCUAUUUUGUUAAAUGUCUUUAAAACAUUAAAAACAUUUCUAUUUUUUUUUAGGGAGGCAGAGGCUAAAUGGAUGUUGCACGUUGUCUUUAAAAGGCAAUAUUAACAAAUGCGCCUCCUUAAAAAAUGUUCUUGGCUUUCUGAAAUUGAUGGAGCUGUGUCCUGUUCAUAAGUUGCUUUAAAAAUUGUACUAGGUCUUCAACAUGAAUAAAGAUUGUUUUGAAACUGCA